AUGGAAGAGAUGAACGCUAAAGGACUCAUCUUGACAGCCUUCGACCAGUUCAGGUUGAAGUCAUGUAUAGACUUCAAACCAAGGGACUCUGAGAAAUAUUACAUUUCUGUGCAAAAGUUAAGCGGAUGUUUUUCAUUUAUUGGGCGAGUAAUUGCCAACGGGCAGGACCUCUCCAUUGGGAAAAACUGUGAUAGCAUUUCAACCGUGGAACAUGAGUUCCUCCACGCUUUGGGCUUCUACCAUGAACACACCAGAUACGACAGAGAUGGUUAUGUGACCAUUUUUCCAGAGAACAUCCGAACAGGUUCGCAAAAGACUUUCAUUAUAACACGCCUGUUCUUUAUAUGUGUUAUACCAAGGUGUUUGGAGAAAAAUUUUGUAAAAGGUAACAAUAAAACCACCACCACUCAGGGAUUCCGGUACGACUACAUGUCCGUGAUGCACUACAGCGGAAAUGCUUUCAGCAACGGCAACGGGUCAACAAUUGUAACCAUAGACCCAAAGUACCAGGAUGUUAUUGGUCAAAGACUGGAAAUGAGUCACAUUGAUGUUCUGGAGCUGAACAGCCUCUACAAAUGCAAUUCAACCAUUGCAUUCAAGAUGCACUGCAGCUUCUCUAAUGGAUCUAUGUGUCAAAUGACUCGCUGUUCACAGAGUGGUCGUGGCUGGGAAAUGGAAACAACUGUUCAAGGGGGUCCUGAGUCUGACCACACCAGUCUACCCAAUGGCAGUGGUGAACAUGGUAAGAGUUACUUCAUGCACGCUAGCACAGCAUCAGGUAAGGAGGGAGACUCAGCCUGGCUGGAGACCCACAUGAUGAGUACCAACAGGGAGCAUCAUAUCCAGUGUCUCCAGUUCUACUAUUACCACAGUGGGAACCCGUUAGACCACCUCAACAUCUGGAUCAGAGAGUUUCAAAAUGAACAGGACCUCAAGGGAAACCUUCGCCUCAUGGGACAGAUCACUGGUGCACCAACAUCUUUCUGGCAGCUCCAUCAUGUUACCCUGAAUGCCACCAAGCACUUCCAGGUGGAGUUUGAGGUUCGUAAAGGAGCAGGAAACUCUUCAGGCGGCUUCUCAAUCGAUGACAUCAAUCUGUCCGAGCUGGAAUGUCCACAUGUAACCUUACAGCUUGAUGAAUUUAAAGACCGUUUGAGCAAGAGUAGUUUUGGAACCACUAUAUACAGCCCUAGGCAAUACUCCACAGGGGGCUAUGCUUACGCGGUUGCGGUUAUAAUGUACAAGACAUAUUUCGGAGCGUUUGUGCAGCUCUUGUCUGGUAAAUCUGACGACCAGCUGCAGUGGCCUUGCCUACAGAGGCAGGUGACCUUCAAAAUGCUGGAUCAGAACUCCAACAUCCAGUUGCAGAUGUCUAAGCUAAGGACUAUCACCACUGACCUAUCCAAAAACAGCAAUGAUCUCACGCCUCUCGUUAACGGAAGUGUUCUACCAUGUCCUCAAAAGGGACCAGUGGAGAUUAAACAUCCUCCUAGAGAUCUGAAGGAAAGCCCCUGCUCAUCACGGUAA